CACGAACAGGCCCCAUCAGACAGAAUGCCGAACAUGAGUUUCAAACUCACCAUUAUAGAAUGUGUUGCCCAGCCAUUGAUUCUGAUCCACGAUGUUAACGAACUUAUCGUCGUUCACUGCCAGUGUCUUGGGCGGCGCUACCGCUCUUCUUUUGCAUGAAAAAAAAUACAUGGUGGUCAAAUUUCACCCGCCAUCUUGGAUUUCAGGUGACCUGCCAAAUCAACGAUCUACUGUUACUCAGACAGACAGACCUAUCCUUCCGGCCAGGAAAUUCUAUGACAUCGAGUGGAUAGCGGUUUUUUUUUUGCGCUAUGGAGCAGAACUAAAAUCCCACAGAAAGAUGUUACAACCAUGGAUUACAAGCAGAAUCAUCGCUCCGCGAGCGUGAAGUUGACUUGCGCGGAGCUCGAAUCCUUCUUGCUAGCUUACUGCACGACUCUGAAGAUUUUGAAGCACACAUUCAGAGCUUUGUCGCAGCAAUCGUCAUGGA